AUGGCUCAGCUUGCGCCAAGUCCUGGUGAACUUAUUCAUGAGGUCAUACUCUUGUAUAACCGUUUCAUUAUGCAAGCACAAACUGUGAUGAGCGGGACAAUUCAGGAGCGGAAUCUCCAUUCCCGUAUCAUUGAGACAGAAUCAAGUUCAGAAAUGGACGAAAGGGAACAGCUUUGCGCAGGAUUAAGUCCAUAUAUGGUCCCCCGAGCUGGGUUAGCCUGGCAGCCAAAACUGUUCCGUGAUGCCGACACGGCAGCCGAAUAUUGGAAUGCGACUGUCCGCCGAAUUGAGAUACUGGAUCCAAGUGCCGUACAACUCAUCGAUGAUCUGCUACUUCAAGAUCCCAGAGAAUGCAUGAGUGUCGAAAAAUACCUCCAGCGUCUUCGAAAUUCAGCAGAGCUUCAUGCUUUCACGAACAAAGUGAAAACUCAUUUACAGAUUUGGCACCGAGCAUUUUGGCCCCUCUAUCAACAAACUCUGAACCAUUCCCCAGGAGAAUCUCCUUCAUAUCUAUGUCUGGUCAACCUUCGCAUCGAAUACCUGACCAUGUCGAUAUACAGCAUGUUCUCCGCAGCCUGCGACUAUGAUUACGUGUUGUCAAUCACUCCGGAGUGUCGAGAGCUCUUGGAACUAUGCGAGAUUCUCCUUCACAAGCGAGUAGCCAACGCAAAACCCUUUUCAACAACGUUUUCCAUGCAUACCGGGUUGUCGUGGCAUUUAGUUUUCGUCGCUAUUAACUGCCGCGACCCCAUCGCCAGAGAGACUGCAAUCCGAAUCUUGGAAACAUAUCCUCGCCAGGAUGGACUCUGGAGCAGCCAGGCUCUCGUUGAGAUUGCAAAGAAAAAUCGCAGGAUUGAGGCGGAGAAUUUUAAUGAAGGGACGCCUCAAGAGCAGUGGCAGCGGCUCAAUCGGAGGGUGUUCCUCUUAGAGGAUGCAGGGGAGACGCUCGUAUUUCGAUACAUACGCAAGAAUGGUGACACAGGGAAAUGGGAAUUUUCCGAGGAGUAUGCACAUCUACGAAGCUCCUCUUGUAAGGGACAGCUGAUGCUUCGUCCGGGACAUUAUGGCCUGGAAUGGGUUGCUCAAUACCUCGUAUUGCAGCUGGUUGAAUGA